UUUUAAUCUAUGCAAAAAAUGGCUACUGACAACGGCGGCAUAACCAUAACCUAACAAUUUUUGUUUUGUGUUGUGUUAUCGUGAAAAAAUAGUGAAUUAAAACUAAUAUAAGUGUAUAAAUGAUAUUGAUUUGUGUUAAAAAUAAGUAAAUAAUCAUGGCUGACGCGGCUGCGAGACAGUUGCAAUAUGAAUACAAAGCCAACUCAAACUUGGUGUUGCAAGCUGAUGUGCGGCUGAUAGAACGCCGUGGUCGUGAUGAGGCUACUGGGGAGGUGUUGUCCCUGUCUGGGAAGCUCGGAGGCACCCGUAUGGGGGACAGGGCUCAGCGCACGAAGCCCGACAAGACUGAGGAGAGGAAAGUCAAGAGACAGAAACGAGAUGAAGCAUCCUACGAGUUAUCAAAGUCCAAAACCUCCCGGGUAGCAUGGGCUGAUGACACUCCCGGAGUCCUAUACCGACCACGAGCACAACACACGAGGCAUGCAUACGAAAUGCUCCUCACCUUCAUGCAGAGUGCUCUCGGAGACCAGCCGAGGGAUAUUCUGUGCGGUGCCUGUGAUGAAGUACUGGUUGUGUUGAAGAAUGAUAAGUUGAAGGAUCCGGAGAAGAAGAAGGAGAUUGAGAUGCUGCUCGGACCUGUUGCCGAUGAGAGAUUCGCUUUGCUUGUUAAUUUGGGCAAGAAGAUCACAGACUUCAACAUCAGCUCCUCGGCCGAGGGCAACAGUGAAAUAGAUGAGACAUACGGCAUCAAUGUGCAGUUUGAGGAGUCCUCCGAGGAAGAUGAUGAGGAUGCCUACGGAGAGGUUCGUGAGGAGGACAAGGAGGAUGGUGAGGGUUCAGAGAAUGAGAAGGAGAAGGAUAGCAGCGCUGAUGAGGACAGCGAUGCGGAGGGCAAGAGGAACGCUAUACAUGCUAAUCUAACCGAAGAACAGUCCCAGAAGCGAAGAGACGCGACGCUCCACCCCAUGGACAUAGACGCGUACUGGCUCCAGCGGCGCCUCUCCCGCCACUUCCCUGACGCCAUGGUGUCCCAGGCCAAGUCUUCAGAAGUCCUCACGGCUUUAGGAGAGGCGGCUGAUGAUAGGGACCUGGAAAACAGACUCGUCUUGCUACUGGGAUAUGACUGUUUUGAAUUUGUGAAGCUAUUGAACAAAUAUCGGUAUACAGUACUAUACUGCACGAAGCUGGCGUCGUCUCAGUCGGAGAGCGAGCGCGCCGCCAUCAGAGAAGAAAUGUCCAAGCAGCCACAUCUGCAGAAGAUACUGGCGCAGCUGGAGACUGGGAAGGGGGACGAUGAGACCUCCCAGCAGUCAUCGGAAGCGCCCCGUAAGCGCCACAAGUCGGACCCGGAGACCACGUCCUCCACGGGUCAGGUGACGGGCAGCCGCAAGGUGCUGCAGCUCGAGGAGCUGAUGUUCGCGGCCGGGGCGCACUUCAUGGCCAACAAGCGGUGCCAGCUGCCGCCCGGGUCCUUCAGGAAGCAGAGGAAGGGUUACGAAGAAGUCCACGUGCCCGCGCUGAAGCCCAAGCCGUUUGAUGAAGGCGAGACCCUCAUCCCUAUAGAGAAGCUCCCGAAAUAUGCACAACCUGCCUUCGAGGGAUUCAAGAAUUUGAACAGGAUACAGAGUCGAAUCUGCAAAGCAGCUUUAGAAACGGACGAGAAUCUCCUGGUUUGUGCCCCGACUGGUGCGGGCAAGACCAACGUAGCUCUACUCUGCCUACUGAGGGAAUUGGGCAAACACGUCAACGAUGACGGCUCAGUCAACGUGCAUGACUUCAAGAUGAUCUAUGUGGCUCCCAUGCGGUCUCUUGUACAGGAGAUGGUCGGUAACUUCAGCAAGCGCCUAUCAGCGUACAACCUGCGCGUUUCGGAGCUGACCGGUGAUCACCAGCUCACUCGAGAACAGAUUGAUGCCACACAGCUCAUUGUAUGCACGCCUGAGAAAUGGGAUAUUAUUACUAGGAAAGGUGGCGAGCGCUCGUUCACGAACCUGGUGCGCCUGAUCAUCAUUGACGAGGUCCACCUUCUCCACGACGAGCGAGGGCCGGUGCUGGAGGCGCUCGUCGCCAGGACCCUGAGGACUGUGGAGCAGACUCAGGAGGAGGUCCGUCUAGUGGGUCUAUCAGCCACCCUGCCCAACUACACAGACGUGGCGGCCUUCCUGCGCGUCAAACCAGACCAGGGACUCUUCUAUUUUGAUAACUCGUUCAGGCCCGUAGCCCUAGAACAGCAGUACAUAGGAGUGACUGAGAAGAAGGCACUGAAGCGGUUCCAGGUUAUGAACGACAUAGUGUAUGAGAAGACCAUGGAACACGCCGGCAGGAAUCAGAUCCUAGUAUUCGUCCACUCUCGCAAGGAGACAGGGAAGACAGCGCGCGCUAUUAGAGACAUGUGUCUCGAGAAGGAUACGUUGGGACAGUUUCUGAGGGAAGGCUCAGCAAGCAUGGAAGUGCUCCGAACAGAAGCGGAACAGGUAAAGAACCCGGAACUUCGCGAACUGCUGCCGUAUGGGUUCGCGAUACAUCACGCCGGGAUGAGCAGGGUCGACAGGACCCUGGUUGAAGAUCUCUUCGCUGAUAGGCAUAUACAGGUCCUAGUAUCAACAGCGACCCUAGCGUGGGGGGUGAACCUCCCCGCGCAUACCGUCAUCGUGAAGGGGACGCAGGUCUACUCCCCCGAAAGGGGGCGCUGGGCGGAAUUGGGGGCGCUCGACGUACUACAGAUGUUGGGUAGGGCUGGCCGACCUCAAUAUGAUACUAAGGGAGAGGGUAUCCUGAUAACGAACCACUCGGAGCUGCAGUACUACCUGUCCCUCCUGAACCAGCAGCUGCCGAUCGAGUCGCAGCUCGUCAGCAAACUGCCUGACAUGCUCAACGCGGAGAUCGUGCUCGGCUCCGUGCAGAGCGUUAGGGAUGCUGUUACUUGGCUGGGCUACACGUACCUGUACAUCCGGAUGCUGCGGCAGCCGGCGCUGUACGGCAUCUCGCAGGACAAGCUGCAGGAGGACUCGCUGCUCGAGCUGCACCGCGCGGACCUGGUGCAUACCGCCGCCAGUCUGCUCGACAAAGCGGGCCUAAUCCGCUACGAGCGCAAAUCCGGCCACUUCCAACCUACUGAGCUGGGCCGCAUAGCGUCCCACUUCUACUGCACGUACGAGACGAUGCAAUGCUACUCCCAACUCCUGAAGCCCACCCUUGGGGAGAUCGAGCUGUUCCGUGUCUUCUCGCUGUCUGCGGAGUUCAAGCAUAUUGCUGUUAGGGAGGAGGAGAAGCUAGAGUUGUGUAAGCUUAUGGAGAGGGUACCAAUACCAAUAAAGGAGAGCAUAGAAGAACCCUCGGCGAAGAUCAACGUCCUCCUGCAGGCGUACAUAUCGCAGCUGAAGCUGGAAGGGUUCGCGCUGAUGGCGGACAUGGUGUACGUGACCCAGUCCGCGUGCAGGCUGCUGCGGGCCAUCUUCGAGAUCGUGCUGCACCGAGGCUGGGCCCAGCUGGUGGACAAGACGCUGGCUCUCUGCAAGAUGGUGGACCGUCGCAUGUGGCAGUCCAUGUCGCCGCUGCGACAGUUUAGGAAGAUGCCGGAGGAAGUAAUAAAAAAACUAGAAAAGAAAAACUUUCCAUGGGAGAAGCUAUACGAGCUGGGUCCGAACGAGAUUGGAGAGCUGGUCCGCGCGCCCAAGCUGGGCAAGAUGAUACACAAGUACGUGCACCAGUUUCCGAAGCUGGAGCUCGCCACCCACAUACAGCCCAUCACCAGGUCCACGCUCCGGGUCGAGCUUACCAUCACGCCUGAUUUCCAUUGGGACGAAAAGAUCCACGGCCAAUCGGAAGCGUUCUGGAUCCUGGUAGAGGACGUGGACUCGGAGGUGGUGCUGCACCACGAGUACUUCCUGCUGAAGGAGAAGUACUGCAAGGACGAGCAUCAUGUGAAGCUGUUCGUGCCCGUCUUCGAGCCACUGCCGCCGCAGUACUUCUUGAGGGUCGUGUCUGAUAGAUGGAUAGCAGCAGAGACCCAGCUACCGGUGUCGUUCCGCCACCUGAUCCUCCCCGAGAAGAACCUCCCCCCCACAGAACUGCUGGACCUACAGCCGCUCCCCAUAUCGGCGCUGAGGAACCCCAAGUUUGAGGAGUUGUAUAAUGAAACCUUCCCACAGUUUAAUCCCGUGCAGACACAGGUAUUCAACGCAGUAUACAAUUCGGACGAAAACGUGUUCGUUGGCGCCCCGGCCGGCGCCGGCAAGUCAGUGGUGGCUGAGCUGGCUCUCCUACGACUCCUGGCGACCAACCCGGCGGGAAGAGCCGUGUAUCUCCUGCCCAAGGACGCGCUCGCAGACAUCGUGUUCGCAGACUGCUACCAUAAGUUUGGCACCCGGUUUAAUGUUAAGGUGGUACAGCUGACGGGCGAGACGGCGACGGACCACAAGCUGCUGAACAAGGGCCAGAUCAUCGUCACCACCGCCGACAAGUGGGACAUUCUCUCUAGAAGAUGGAAGGUACGUAAGAGCGUGCAGAGCGUGUCCCUGUUCAUAGUGGACGCGCUGCAGCUGCUGGGCGGGGAGGAGGGGCCGGUCCUCGAGGUCGUCUGCUCCCGGAUGCGGUACAUAUCCUCGCAGAUUGGUCGUCAGAUACGUAUGGUGGCUCUAUCGCUCCCGCUGGCGGACGCGCGCGACGUGGCGCAGUGGUUGGGGUGCUCGGCCAACACCACCUUCAAUUUCCAUCCCAGUGUCCGGCCACUGCCUCUGCAGCUGCAUAUACAGGGCUUCAACAUCUCCCACGCGGGGUCCCGCCUAGCCGCGAUGACGAAGCCGAUCUACCACGCAGUAGUCCGGCACGCGGGCGCGCGCCCGGCCGCCGUGUUCGUGCCGUCGCGCCGGGCGGCCCGCCUACUGGCCGCCGACCUGCUGGCGCUGGCCGCGGCGCACGCGCAGCCCGCCGCCUUCCUGCGCGCGCGCCCCGACGUGCUGCAGCCCUUCCUCAAGAGGAUCAACGACAAGAUGCUGAAGGAGACGGUGGCUGCGGGCGUGGCGUACCUGCACGAGGGCGUGGACCCCGCAGACAGACGCCUGGUACAACAACUGCUGGAGUCGGGCGCGCUGGCGCUCUGCGUCGUGGCCGCCGAGCUGGCCUGGGGACUCGCCGCGCAUGUCCACACUGUCAUCAUCGCGGAUACUCACGUGUACAACGGCAAGCUGCACGCGUACGAGCCGUACCCGAUCAGCACGGUGCUGCAGAUGGUGGGCCGCGCCUGCAGGCCCACGGAGGACGACCACGCCGUCGUCGUCCUCAUGUGCGUCGCCCACCACAAGACUUUCUUCACCAAGCUGCUUAACGACUGUCUGCCGUUGGAGAGCCACCUGGACCACCGUCUACACGACCACAUGAACGCUGAGAUAGUGACGAAGACGAUAGAGAACAAGCAGGACGCGGUGGACUACCUCACGUGGACAUUCCUCUACCGGCGCCUCACGCAGAACCCCAACUACUACAACCUGCAGGGAGUCACUCACAGGCACCUGUCGGACCACCUGUCGGAGCUGGUGGAGACUACCCUGACGGACCUGGAACAGUCCAAGUGCAUCGCCAUCGAGGACGACAUGGACGUCCAGCCGCUCAACUUGGGCAUGAUCGCGUCUUAUUAUUAUAUCAACUAUACUACUAUUGAGUUAUUCUCGCUCUCUCUCACGAACAAGACGAAGAUCCGCGGCCUGUUGGAGAUCAUAUCCUCGGCCGCCGAGUACUCCGAGCUCUGCAUCAGACAUCGCGAGGAGAACAUCAUCAAGGCAUUAGCUGCCAAGGUCCCCCACAAGCCGACGGCCGCCUCAGGCGCGGCGGUGAAGUACAACGACCCGCACGUGAAGGCGCACGUGUUGCUGCAGGCGCAUCUCUCGCGCAUGCAGCUGCCUGCAGAGCUGCAGGCGGAUACUGCACUCGUACUGGCCAAGGCGAUCCGGCUGAUCCAGGCGUGCGUGGACGUGGUGUCCAGCAGUGGAUGGCUGUCGCCGGCCGUGGCCGCCAUGGAGCUGGCGCAGAUGGUGACCCAGGCCAUGUGGGCCAAGGACUCCUACCUCAGGCAGCUGCCCCACUUCACUGCUGAGCUGGUGCAGCGCUGCUCCGAGAAGGGCGUGGAGACGGUGUUCGACGUGAUGGAACUGGAAGACAGCGCCCGAGCCAAGCUGCUGCAGCUGCAGCCGGCGGAGAUGGCAGACGUCGCGCGCUUCUGCAACCGAUACCCCAACGUGGAGCUCACUUACGAGGUGCUGAACGAGCGCCACCUGCGCGCCGGCAAACCCAUCGUGGUGGAGGUCUCGCUAGAGAGGGAGGACGACAUCGUCGGACCAGUCAUCGCGCCCUUCUUCCCACAGAAACGCGAGGAAGGUUGGUGGGUGGUGAUCGGUGACCCGAAGACUAACACGUUGCUUUCCAUCAAGAGGGUGUCGCUGGCUCGCAGUGCCAAGGUCCGGCUAGACUUCGUAUGCGGGGCCCCGGGCCGCCACACGUACACACUGUACUUCAUGUCGGACGCGUACCUGGGCGCCGACCAGGAGUAUAAGUUCACCGCCGACGUGGCUGAGGCCGCCUCCGACUCCAGCGACUCGGAGUAGUCUAUACCUAGUGUUAAAUACAUUAUUGCAUAUUUUA